AUGGAAAAGACGGAAAGGACGGACAUAGAGGUCUCGGCCUCGCCACCUAUUGCCGCCGUCCCGCAGACCAGGAAGCGCAGGUCGUGGCAUCUCAGGGCGGCCUGCGUUGCUGCUCUUGUCUGCCUGGCCGGGCUUUACCAUCAUCUCCAGCUGCCUCCUCAUCCUCAUCCUCCUCAUCGGCACCACAAUCACCAUCAUGAUCACAACCAUCAUCACCAUGACUGCAAGAGGCCGUCUCCUUAUGGCAGAUUCCCUCGGCCAAACGAUCCCUUUCACUUUCUCCCAUGCACCAACGUGACCGUCCCUCCCGCUCUCGAUGACCGCCAUCCCGAGAAGAGCUGGUCGAAGCUCUUUGACCCCAAUCCCAAGCACUGGAGCUGGGGCAACAAGACGGAGGACCAAGACACGGAAGCUCGCCCCAGACACGACCCGUUUGCUGGCCGCGGCAUCUACCUGUGCGGAUGGCUCGACGUUCCGCUCGACUACACCAAUGCCUCUGAUACCCGCAUCACGCGCCUUGCCGUGACAAAGUACCAGGUCUCCGGCCUCGCCCCCGUCCGCGGCCGCUCCAAGCCGUCCGCCGGCCACAAGAGCGAGCGCACCAUCGUCGUCGAGCCCGGCGGCCCCGGCGGCAGCGGAACGUCUCUGGUCUGGCGGUUUGCAGAAGCCUUCUCGGAGCGCCUGAGCGGCGGCGCCUUUGACGUGCUGGGCUGGGAUCCUCGCGGCGUCAACACGACCCUGCCCGCCCUCUCGUGCUUCCCCUUUGACGCCGACAGGGACCACUGGUCCAUGUUUGCCGGGCAGUACCGCGAGGUUCUCGCCUCGCCGAGGGCUCAGCUCGAGGUCGCCGACGCCUUGAACGAUGCCAUCUUUGGCGCCUGCUACAAGACGCACGGCGACCUGCCCCGGUUCGUCAGCACGGCGUUUGUCGCGCGCGACUUGGAGGAGAUCCGCAAGGCCCUUGGGGAGGAGGAGCUCACGGCGCACAUGAUCUCGUACGGCACGGGCAUCGGGCAGACGUAUGCAAACAUGUUUCCGUCGAGCGUCGGCCGGAUGAUCCUGGACGGCACCGAGUAUGUCAGGGACCACAGGCUUCUGGGAGGCUUUGGCUGGACCGCCUUGGACAAUGCCACGGAUGCCUGGCACGAUGGCUUCCUCGGGGAGUGCAUCAGCGCUGGACCCGAGCAUUGCGAUCUGGCCAAGCCGGUGGAUGAUGGCAAAAAUGUCACUCUGGACGGUCUGGAGUCCCGGAUGGAAGCGCUCAUCACUUCGCUUAUUGCGCGACCCGUGCCAGGAUACACAGACUUCAGCGGCCCGUCUCUCAUCACGUACUCUGGCCUGGUCGGCGCCAUCUACGGCUUUCUCUACAAUGCGUUCUCGUGGCCCGCGUUGGCCACUCUGCUGUACGAGCUGGAAGCAGGAAACUCGACGCUUGCUUCCAUCAUGCUCGAGCACUCGGCAUGGGAAUACGAUCCCACCCUCCCGUCCCUUCCCAACAAGAAGCCGUCCACCGACGAGCUGACCUUUAUGGUCAUCUGCUCAGACGGAUACGACGCUCCGCUGCCCGAGGACGGCCUCGACUGGUGGGAGUCGCUGUGGGCGAACAUGACGGCCAAGUCGUGGGUCUCGGGCAACUCGCGCUUCUUCGACGUCUUCCCCUGCCAGCACUUCACAGACUACUGGCCCACGCCGGCCGAGGUGUACCGCGGCGACCUCAACAAGACGCUCAAGAACCCGGUGCUGCUCAUCGCCGAGACGUACGACCCAGCCACGCCGCUGCGCAACGGGCGCAGGCUGCUCGCCGAGAUGGGCAGCAACGCGCGGCUGAUUGCGCACCACGGCUACGGCCAUUCCUCGCGGGACAAGUCCAACUGCACGGACGCCAUUGCCAAGAGGUUCAUCCUGCACGGGGAGUUGCCGGAGGAGCAGGAGACGGCGUGUUUUGCGAACGAGAAGCCGUAUUUAUAUGGCGUGGAUAAGGGCAAGAAUGCGCUUACGAUUUGGAGUGAGCAUGUGGAGGAGCUGCCGUAUCUGAAUCCUCGUCUGGGUUAA